AUGUCUCACCAUUCCCCCAACUCCUCGUCGGCCAACGGUCCUCCAUCAAGCCCAUUCGGCGGCACCAAUCCCACCGUCUACUCUCCCGAGGUCAGCCGCAAGCCACACCAUCGCCGACAGAUCACUGCCAUCGCCCCCGGCCAGCAGGUCUCCAAGAAGCUUCUUCCUCAGCCUCCGAUCUACGUCGAGGGUGCCUUCGUCAACGAGUUUGAUGAAGGUGAUAAGUCCUACGUCUCUCGGUACCAGCACAUCCAGGGUGGUGCCGACCUCGAUCACCUCCAGUUCCUCGUUCAGUCCCAGAUGAAGCGUUACGCUUGCUUCUUGCAUGCAAUCCCUUUCAAGCACGAGCGUUCGUUUAGUAUGUUUGCCCGUUACGAUACCGUCUCCGAUGCUGCGGAAGGAAAGGACAUCCUUCGUCAGGCCGGCUUGUCUGUCGACUACGUAUCCAUCUUCGACUUCGCCAACGUACAAGGCAAAGAUAUCGGCAAGGUCAAGGAGUUCGAGGGCCAGAUUUACCUAUCGGUGUCGAUUGAGGCCAACCCUGACCACGCCAUCUGGGAGUUCUCUUCCGAAGAUCUCACUGGUGUCACCAAGAACGUUGAGACCAUCGCCAAGGUCUUUGGUCCAGUUCGGAACGUCGUACAUGUCGACACUCUGCACAACAAGAUGCAGUUGAUCUACCGUAUCGAGUUCGACUCCAUUGACGCCGCGCAUCGUGCAAUCCAGUCCCUCCGCCAAGAUCCUGUGUACGGUAUCAACGUCGACGAGUCUUUCUAUUGGACCACUGACGACGUCGGCGGCUGGCUGGGUGAACGUCUCUUGAGCCCGCCUCGUUACCUGCCUCAAAUCAACAAGCAGGGCCAAUUCCUUCCCGGUCACAACUCUUCUCCCGUUCGUCGUUCAUGGUCGGGCCAGUACAACCGGAGCGAGCGUUCCAGCCACCAUCUCCAUGAUCAACACAACAGUGUUCGCCGCGAGCGCAUUCUCGACGGCAGUGACGUCCGCACCACGGUGAUGCUUCGCAACAUUCCGAACACACUCGAUUGGAUGGCUUUGAAGAAUAUGAUCGACAUCGCCUGCUUCGGCACCUACGAUUUCAUAUAUCUGCGGAUUGAUUUCAAGUCCGGCUGCAACGUUGGCUACGCCUUCAUCAACUUUACCGACGCGAACGGUAUGCUCAUGCUCAUCGACCGCAUCGAGCGUCGCUUCUGGCCCGGUUUCAACUCCGACAAGGCCGCCGAGAUCUCGUACGCGACAAUCCAGGGACGCGAGGCGCUUGUUCAGAAGUUCCGUAACUCUUCGGUCAUGCAGGAGACUCCAUUCUGCCGCCCUCGUCUUAUCAUCACCUUCGCUGAGGCCGAGAUGAUGGACCAGAUUCGCCUCACUGGCACCGAGCUGCCCUUUCCUCGUCCUGACAACAUCUCGAAGCUCCAGCGCUCCAUGGACUCCGCUCGUAGCACUGGUCUCUAUCCUCCUCGUGGAUACUCUACUGGCGCCGAAUACCGCAACCGUUCGAGCGCUUACGACCGCGGCAGCCCUCGUGACAUGAUGCAGGCGGCCAUAAACUUUGCUCACCAGCACGCUGCUCCUGUCCAGUUCGCCGGUUUGACCGAGGACCAGAAGCAAGACAUUGAGGCCUGGUAUCUCAACACCUUCGGUGGCGGCCUCGCAGGUGCUAUCGGCUUCAACUCGAUCCCCAUGACACACAUCACCCAGUACUUCCACGAGCACCCCGGUGCCGGCAAUACCGUUAGCACUCCCACUCGUCCUGGUCGUACCAUGAGCCCCUGGCGCCCAGUUGCUCUCCAACACUUUUCCACCAUGGGCCAACCUAUUCCUCGCCACUACCUCGGUCGCUUCUUGUAA